AAUUGGGAGAUUCGAAUUUGCGUAUCAUAAAUCUAAAGACUUUAAGUUGCAGGUAUGUGUCAGGAUCAGAAACCAAAGGCUGCAGAGCUUUGAGACUCCGAUCAUCACAAAACAUUCGAUAUGACAGGAGGUUGUAAUCAACCUUCUCUUCAACCAAGAUCUAAUCUUCUCUCGAUGAACCAAAGCAUUCCUUGAAGAGGUGGAAUCCUUCUCCAGUCUUGAAUCUUCUAGUACAAUGGACCUCGUCCAUCAAUAAAUUACUGUAAAUAAUAAGCAACGCCCUGAUCACUUUUUAGCAGGCUGUGAGUAGUAAGUUAUACAACAGCACGCAAUCUUUCCGUUUGAUUCUAAACUAAACAUACAUAUGAACAAGGUAUACCUAAUGAUUUAAGGCUGGUAUAUAAAAUCAAGUUACAAAAUAAUACUAAAUAGAAAAUGCGGCAAUCUACGCUGACAACGGAUGACUGUAUAAUUAGUAUAAAUUCGAGGAAAAUAUAUGAAUUUACUUAGUCAGGCCUGGGAAUAUCACACGGAUGGUGCUAUUUCUCCUUGCAUUCAGUUAACCACAUGAAAAUGAGGGUCCAAAAGUAUCCCUUCGCGAUACUCUUGAUAUUCGCAUAUGUCUUCAAGGCGUCAUGCAUGGGCAACAGCAGUUUAACCUUCGCUAUUGACGACACAAGCUCAAUGGGAGAUGACAUCGACGAAGUUAAAAGCAGUGCUAAUAGGAUUUUAGAUAUAGUGUUUAAUGAAAAGUCUAGUGUCAUUGAUAAUAUGGUCCUCGUGUCAAUUAACGAUCCAAAUCCUGUAGUGAGAGAAAACACCAAAGAUCGCGAUAGAUUCCAGCAAGCACUAGACGCUCUGCAACCCCACGACGACAUCAUACCCAAUGAUUGUCCAGAACCAUCCAUGGAAGGAACUCUGCUUGCUUUACAGACGAGUCACUCUGACUCUUACAUUUACGUAUUCACUAAUGCCUCGGCUAAAGAUUAUCCUUUAGCAAGACAAGUUAUGGAAAUGUGCCAACGGAAACAAAGUCAGGUUAAUUUCAUUUUAACGGGUUACUGUCAUCGGUAUCCUAAGAAUGGAUUUAAAGUCUUCUAUGACAUAGCAGCGGCUUGUUCCGGACUUGCUUUUCACGUUGGAUCAAACUCACUUAAUCCGGUGAUCAAGACAAUUGAAGAAACAAUAAACGGCAACCAGACUGUGAUGGUCACCACGACAGUCCCACCCUCAGUUUCUACUAACAUUCCAUUUACUAUUGACGACCAUACGGAAUACGCUAUUGUGUAUGUAUCUGGCUAUGACGUCUCACUUACAAUAUGGGGUGCACCAGCAAUUCAACAAGACAUCAUGAGGAAUUACUAUGGAAUUGUAGUCAAAGUUACUAAAAAUACCGCUGCCGGUAAUUUCAUAGCGACUGUGUGGGGUGCCUUUUCUACAUCAGUAAUUAUAGUCGGCAGAACCGACUUUCUCUUUAGCCAUGGUUUCUCUGAGUUAGUACCAAAGUCACUGGCCGAUACUACGCCACAGCCAAUCGCAAAUACGAACGUCUACCUUUCAAUAUCAAUUAACGAUCCAAAACACUUAGUAAAUAUAACAUCAGCUCAUAUUUUGAAAAAAAGUUCCAGCGGAGUCUACGAAAAAAUAAUACGAACACUACCUCUGACAGAAAUUUCCAAAGAUUUUUACAUAACACAGCCGCUCGUAGAGCCUUCGGAAAAAUUUCAAAUUUUAGUGGAGGGAAUCGUAAUUUCUACAGGUAAGACUAUCAGAAGGAUGUCAAAAAUUCCCAUCACACCUCAAAAACCGAUUAAAGAGAUAGACACUAUGAAGCCAGUUACUAAAAUAGAAGAAGGUCAAAAGACAGAAGUAGAAUAUGAUGGUACAGUGAAAUUAACUUGCAAGGUAUCCGGCUACCCAAAACCCACAAUUACUUGGAUGAACGCCGAGGGAACUGUAGUUAAAUCUGUGAGUUCGAUCCUGCAAGUACCUUACGACUACAUUAGUUACGUAACAAUUUCUCACGUGAUGAAAGCUGACAAAUAUAAAUGCUAUGCCAAAAACAGCAUUGGAAGUGAUGCAACAAUAAUUGAUGUCGCUGUUAAAGAUCCUUUUGAAGUAAAGUCAGUGCCCAAAGGUACAACUGGAGUAUUUUACGGUUCUGAAGGCAUCAUUACAUGUGACAUAAGAUCAAAACACCGGAUGAAUAUCCGAUGGUACUACGCAGACGAAAUCACUCGAGUAGACAGAGAAAUCUCCUCAUCUGAUGCAUACCAGAUCUCUACUGACAGCAAACAACUAAAAAUUAUGAAAAUGAAUUUGAGUUUGGUCGGAAAGUAUACUUGCAAAGCAACUUUACAGAAUCACGGAGAUGUUCAGAAGACUUUCAGCACUAGAGUAACAGCAGAUGGUGUUGUGGCUCCAGAAGUUUCGGGAGAAAAUAGUAAGAAAGCUACAAAAGGUUCUGCUGCUGUUAUCAACUGCAGUGUCAAAGGAUUACCAAAACCAAAAAUUUCUUGGAAAUUUAAGGGAUUAACUGCUAAAAACUUAGUGAAUUUGUCGGGCACUAAUAGUGAGUUUCAUAUUCCGAGAGUAGAAGAGAAACAUGCAGGAAACUACAAGUGCGUAGCAGUCAACGACAUCGGUAGUGAUUCACACGUGACCACACUUAUUGUUCAAGACCCACCAAAAAUAACCACAGUACAUACAGCAGUUUACAAAAGCAAUGAAGGAACUGCUCUUUUGAAAUUGCCAUGUGAUGCCACCGGCAAUCCCAAGCCGGCUAUCAUUUGGAAGAGAAAUGGUGCAACUAUAACUCCAAAUUCGAAGUAUUCAAUAGAAGCAGGAACGCUUAUAAUCAAAGACAUUAUAGUAGAAGACACUGGGUCUUAUACUUGUGAAGCGAAGAAUGAAGUGGGUGCAACGAGCGCAACGUUUAAAACAAUGAUCCUUCAAUUUCCUAAAGUAUCUGGAGUUGCUGCUAAAAAAGUAAGACUAGGAAUUUCGGACACUAUUGCGUGCAAAAUUGUCAACGGAAUAUCAACACCAAAUAUAACUUGGCAAGUCAUGACAGAUUCUGCAACAAAAUACGACCCUCUCAUAGUCUCAAUAGAAAUUCAAAUAGACUCACAACUUGCAGGCGUCAGUGUGCUAAAAAUAUUAAAUAUAACAGAUAAACACGCCGGAUCAUAUAAAUGUGUGGCAACGAAUGAAUUAGGAGCUAACGAACACGUCACUACCCUGAUUGUGGAAUCUCCACCUACAAUAAUUUCAAGCAAUGCAGUUUACAACGGUGUUGAAGGCGAUCUUGCCUUGAGGAUUCCAUGUAAUACCACUGGUAAUCCAAAGCCAACCAUAACUUGGAAGGUCGACGGAACUAUUAUAAUACCAGACACUAAGUAUGCCAUUGAAGAUGGAGCUCUAGUUAUAUUUAGUCCGAUGCAAACCGACAGUAAAACAUACGCCUGUGAAGCUAAAAAUUAUCUUGGAACUGUAACUGCUGUUUCCCAAGCACAAAUUGAUGAGUAUGUUGGAUAUGGUGAUAAAUAUAUAGUGUACAUAAAGGAAGGCGAAAACGUAAAGGCCGUUCUCAAACGGUUGUCAAGCACCUAGGCAUAUUAGUUUACUUAACCUUGAUUCUGUUAACACUUCAGUCACUCAAGCUAAGGGCGUCAUAUUCAAAUCAAGUUUAUUGUUAGACUAAUUUAAAUUAAUAUGACGGUGUCCAAACACCCUAAUGAGGUUUCUAAGAAUGGAGGCAGGUUGCAUUUCUCCGAGUGGGAAUGUUGUUCUGGGCCCCAAUUCUGCUAUUUAAAAUGGCCGAUGAAUGAAUGAAAUUUGGCUUAAAAUGCCAAUUUGCGUUUUAUCUUAAGGAUUUUCCUACACAAUAAUUAAAAAUUCAGUGUGGGACGCU